AUGUAUUCGGGAGUUCCAAGUGUGAAUUCUCUAUCGAGUAUCUACCUGUCAUGUGAACGGCCGAUUGUUCAUGCUGAGUUAGUUAAACUGAAGCGUGAACUGGAUGUGAAACGCUCCAAAGUUCCUGCUUCAGGUAUCGUUUCUGAUGAUUAUGAUUUUCCCUUGAUUGAACAAGUAUACUUCAGCUCUGAAACAGGAAUGAUGUACGGAUAUCAGUUUCCGGCGGUUGCUAAAAUUGGGUUUGCCCAUGCUGGAGCGGGCAAGAUGCUAGUUAACGACCACGUUAUGAUGGAAGAUUUCCAAUCUGUUUUAAAAAUGACAUCCGGCAGUUAUUGCACAGUAGAACCAUUCAUCGACGGCAAAGACAAGUUUGAUCUCAGAAUUCAGAAAAUAGGGAAAGAUAUUCGCGUUUUCGUGAAAAUAUCUGUUUCUGGUAACUGGAAAUCGAACGUUGGUACAACCCUAAUGGGAGAGCUUCUACUUCCCAAAAACUUCCAGUCGAAUGUAAUCCGUGACGACGAAUCUAUCAGUUGUCAUUACGGAGAAUCAAUAGAAUCCGGAUUUCUUGAAGUUAUGCCACAAGUUAGUGUCAAGAGAUUCUUUGGAUAUUGCAAGUGGAUUGAAAAUGCUUCGAAGAUGUUUGAUGGACUGGAUAUUUGCACUCUUGAUGCAGUUUGUUGUCGAGAUAAAAACGAUCAAUGGAAUGAAGUGAUUCUGGAACUUAAUGACACAUCAUCGGGUCUUGCUCCGUUUUGCGAAGACGAAGAUAACAGAAAAAUAAGGGACUUGGUUCUGACCAAAAUGGAAGGUUUUGAUUGA